UUGCGAGCGUCGAGAGUCGAGAGAUUCCUCGGCAUGUAAACAAAAGAGCACCAGAGCACGAGACCGCACGCGAGAUCUCGAAACGUGAUUGUGUUCGUGCGCCCGUGCCUCGAGUACGCGAUUAUUGGAGGUUAUACGCGGGAACGAGCCGACCAUGAACUCGAACGGGAUAAAGUUGCUGAAGAAAGCCGACCCGUAUCCGCAGGGGAUGCGCUGCCAGAAGUGUCUGGAGAUGGGGCACUGGAGCUACGAGUGCAAAGGCAAGAGGAAAUACCUGCACAGGUCGUCUCGCACCUCGCAGCUGAAGAAGAUUCUCGAGAAGCAGGAGGAUGGCACUAAUGAGGAGCAAACUAAGAAAGUGAAGAAGAAUCACGUCAGGAAGAGAAUAAAGAAGGAGGAGGAGAAGGAGGAGUCGAGCAGCUCGAGCGACUCUAGCUCCUCCAGCAGCGAGAGCAGCGAAAAUUCUAGUAGUAGUGAAAGUAGUAGCAGCAGUUCCUCGUCGGACAGCGAAUCGGACUCUAGCGACAGUGUGUCUAGCAGCAGCAGUAGUAGUAGCAGUAGUAGCAGCAGUUACGGUUCUUACAAGAAGAAAUAGCACGGAUCGUGAGGUGCGUCGAGGCAAAGCGCUCCUCUCGGCUGAUCAUUGUUCCGUUUGAGCAUAAUGGCAUUUUGCCUUCGAGCAGAAUAACUCUAGAGAGAAAAGAGCAAGCUGGCGCGAAAUAGAAUACUUUCGAGAUUUUUUAUGCCCGUUGUACGAGGUACAUGUGUAAUUUGUAAAGAAAUAAUUCUUACCUCAACGCAUAAGACGUGCUGGAAGAUAUUUCGAUAAUUACUUUUCAUUUUUUAAUUUUAUAAUCUAAUCAUGUUAAGUUGACCCGUACAUUUGUCUCUGCUACUCAGUUUUUGUACGAUGUAUGUUGGAAUGUAUGUGCAACUUAUUGUACGAGACCAUUUUUCUUCGCGGGAUUAUCUCUGUGAGAAAUCGCGUUGCAUUGAUAGAUAAUCAUGUUUCUUUCGUAAAGGCUUUAAAACGUUUAAUAUUGAAUGUGAAUGUGUGACUCAAGUGCUAGUUAUCGUGUAGAAUUAAUAUUUAAAAAUACACUUAUCUCCCCGAUUUACGCGAUACCUUUUACGUAGCAAAAAUCCCUCCGUUUGCAUGGAACUUAAAAUCAAAUGAAUCGAGCAAAGAGAACCUUGUUAAUACAUGCGUUAUAGCACAUGGACCUCUGUACUUCUUUUUUAUUUUUUUAGUAUAUUGACUUUCGCUUAAGUUUUUUUUUACUGGCUGACUCUAUGCGUUAAAAACCACGUGCAACGAAUAUUCUGCGUAAAUUGAGGGAAGAGUGUAAUGUAUUAUAUAUUUUUGGUACUGCUGUACGCACAUAUAGAUUCAUAUAUGAUAGAAACGAUAACAGUUUGAUUUAUUAGAAACAAUAUAUUUAAUGACGGAAUCGCAAUAAUUGUACGACAGUAUUAAAUAGAGAUAUUAAAAAGAUGUUAAGCGUUCUGUCAGACAUUUAAAUGUAUCGACAUGCAAAUUUUAUGUGUGUGAGAUUAACAAAAAUGCUGUUACGUAUAGUUCAAAUACAUGUACAAAAAUGGAA